GGUCGUGACAGUCCUACGGUUACUUUAAAAACCGCUCAGAGCGUCCUGUCUUGGUUCCUUUCUAGCUGCGUCUGUCCUGUGUGGGACGGGAAGCGGCAGCAUCGAGGCAGGGCCCUUCGCCUCACCGAGCGCUCUCGUCCCGGUGGCCGCGCCCCAUUAGCCCAGACCCGCGCUGGCCGCGCCUUCGCUGUGGACUCCUCGUGGUCACACGAAAAAUGUCUGAUCAGGAGGAGGAACAGUUUGAUGCUCAGAAGACGGUUGAUUUGGCAGAUGAAAGCAAUGAUACCCUUGACACUGUAGACAUUCCAGUUCCCUCUGAAGAGCUUGCAGAGUCAGCACAAACUGAAGAGCAUGAGCCCGAACUGAACCAACUCAAUGAGGGCCGUGAAAUACCUAAUGAGGGGCAAACUGACCACAGCGUUUCAAGUGUAGAAUCAAGUGAUGAAGAACAACCCAUGGAAGAGGGUCAGUCACCUGGACCGGCUCUACUUACUUCAAGACAGAGUCACAAACCAAGUGCAAAUGAUAAUCUGGCAUUUCUGGAUAGAAUAAAGGCCAUAAAGGAGGUUUUGCAAACAUCGGUGGUAGAGUCUUCAGCAACAGUAAAAGUUAUACUUAGCCCUGUGGGCCAGGAAGUUAUAAUUCCUUUUAAACUUGACAGCGUUUUUAAAAAACUCAAGGAUCAUUUUUCACGCUUAUUAGAUGUCCCACCUUACUUGCUGCAAGUGAAAUAUGCAGGACAAAUUGUUAAAAAUAAUGAGACCCUAGUUCAAUAUGGAGUCAAGCCACAGGAAAUUAUACAAAUGGAAAUCUUUUCUACAAAUCCAGAUCUGUAUCCAAUCAAAAGAGUAGAUGGACUAAAUAAAAUCUCUCACAUCAUAACUGUCACCAUAGAAACUGGCAUUGAUCAGUACCAGGAGGUAGCUGUUGAGAUUAUCAAAUGUGACUUUCACAAACCAUUUCUUGGUGGAUUCAGACACAAAAUAACAGGAGUAGAAUAUCAUAAUGCUGGAACACAAACUGUACCUAAGAAGAUUUCUGGAAAAUCUAAUGUAUUUUGUAGGGAUACACAGACAGUUUUUCAGAGAAAAAAGUUUCAACAAACUACAAAUACAACAUCCACACAAAUGACUAAAAUUGGUGUGUAUGUUUCAAAUAUAACUGAUAAAUUGGUAAAACCAAGAGAAUACUUUUCAGCUGAAGAAUACCAUGAUCAAAUAUUACAGGCGGUGAUCAGGAUUCAGACAUACUACAGGCAAUGGCAUGCUAAAGUCUUUGUGAAGAAAUUAAACAUACAGAGAAAAUUGAGAUUGGAGUGGGAAGCAGAGGAAGAAUUAAGGAAGAAGAAAGAAAAAGAAGAAUGGAUGCAACUGGACUAUUACCGGAGGCAUAAUCCUAGAACAAAUGAAGACUUUGAACUUCUUUAUAAUGCACUAGAACUGUGCCAUUGCAUGAAUGUACCACAGUUUUUUAUUUGUAUCCUUGUGAAUUUUUCUUCAGUGUUUGUGUGGAAGCAAAAAGAACUUAAACGCAUUAACCAGUCUUUCACUGGAGCUGAAAGGAAAGCUGCUUUAUGUGAACUGCUGGAAAAAGAGACCCAGUUAAUUGCUUCCAUUGGGAGACAUAGAUACGAUGCUUCUAUGACGAGCCAGGAAGUGGCAAUACAAGCUUUUUUGGAUAAGUGUUCAGCUCCAAAGACAUGGAGAACACCUAAUGGCUACAUAAUCAAAAUGGAUACACAGUUCACUAUCAGAGCCAGAGAACUUCAAAACAUCUACAAAUGCAUAUUGCUGAAAAAUCUCUCUCAAGAUGAGAGGCUGGAUGUACUCCUAACACUUAAACACACCGUGAAGGAACAUGCAUGUAAACUGACCCAGGAAAUCCUAGAAUUGAUUGACAGAGAAGUUGACCUUAUGAUGAGAGGAGUCAAACCUCAUAACCUUGAAGGGCUCAGAAAAAGAAUUGCAACACUCUUUUUCCAUUAUAUAAAAACACCUCUGUUUAAUCCUGAAGUUGCAAGACACCUUAAGGUCCCUCAAGACCCAUUGAAGUUUUAUAAGAAGAUUUAUUUUUGCCACAGUUGCCAGCUCUAUUUGCCUUCUACAGAAUUUCCUGUAUCAUCUACCACACACCACAUAUAUCGGUGUCGUCAUUGUAUUAACCUUGAGAAUGAGACACGACAGCGAGAAUCAUUUUUGAAGUACAAGUGUUUACUUCAGCGGCUCUACCAUUCAGAAACUGAGUAUGAAGAUGAUUCUAAAAUUGCUUUCUUGAUGCAGCUACAGGAUAUUCAGUACCUGACAGAGAACAUUUGGGCAUCGCAGUCAGUACUCAGUGAUUGGGAUGAUCUCAAUGAUUUGGUCAUGGUCAGAUGGGAUAAGUCCUUGGAGUGGUCCCCCUGGAACUGCAUUCUUCUUACCAAAGAUGAAGCAGCCGCUCAUCUCAAGCUAAGUAGUGUUGUACAGGGAUAUGGACCCUUGUUCAUUCACAUGAUCAAACACAAACAUAUCCUGGCUAAGAACUAUUUUUCUCAGAUUCCAGCACUUGCUGCGUUUAUUCUUGAUGAUGCUGAAAUAGAUGAGAUCAGAAAGAGAUAUCAUCCAGAUACUGCACCCAAGAUUAUAGAAAUCCAAAGGCCUUAUCUUUAGAAGACCAUGAAUAUUUGUCUGAUGAUCAGCAUUUUUGCCCAUUGCAAAUACAGUAAUAUAGAGAUCAUACAAUAUGAAAAUGGAAUU